UAGGACCCUGAGGAAGGCACUAUCCAUUGGGAGGAGUUUGGGAAUGAUUGACAGGACAACCAAGUGCCCAUCUAGUGCAGGGAAAACUACUGUUCCGUCGUCGCGUGAAGGAUUGUUAUUUAAAAAAGCACUUAACGUCUGGUAAUUCCUCGAUUAAUUACACGUCGGGAAACGUAUGAAGUCGACAAUAAUGACCAUUGGUCCGUAAUUUACUCUUUAAAGCCUUUCGCGUCGCGCUGAUAAUGCUGAAGAUGAAGCUACCGAUGAGACCGGGAGAGGAAGGAGGCGACGAAACGGCCGAGGACGACUUGCUGGAACAGUCCGAGCUCCAACAUGUUUCCAGGGCGGACUCUCCCUCGUCUGUGUCCGACAGACUGGAGGACUCCCACAGACAUCGCGCAUUUCCAUCCCAGCUGGACAAGGAGACCGUUUUCGAGUGGUUCGGCCUGCACCUAAACCCUGCUAAGCGGAUCGAGUUCAUGUGCGGGCUGCUUCAUAUGUGCCAACCGUUGGAGCUCCGCUUUCUGGGCUCUUACCUAGAGGAUCUCGCCAGGAAAGACUACCACGUCCUCAGGGACUUCGAGAUCCGGGCAAAUAACACAAGUGAUUUGGGGGUUUUAACGGACGUGAUAGACCCUGUCGUGCGGUCUAAAUUACUAGUCUGUCUGUCUUUACUCGGGUCUGACAACAGGGAAUGUGCUGGGAUACUCUUUCGGAUACUGAGCCAUGUAGAUCCCGCCUUGUUCUACAAAAAUUAUGGCUACUCCCUUCCUCCAUUCAGGGACCCUGCUCACCACCACCCGUUCCAUCCACCCUGCCAGGACGGCAGCGUGUUCGGGAGGACGGAGCAGACUUGCGGGCUUUCUAACAGCGAGGCAGCGGCAGGACCACUGGAGCAGUUGGCGCUGCUUUUCACCAUGGCCUCCUUACACCCAGCUUUCCCUUUCCACCAACGGGAGGUGAUCCGAGGGCAGCUUGACAAGAUUGAUGUUGCCAUGGAGGAGGAAAGACGGCGAACUCAGCUCAGAAUAAAUGCCCAGCUGCAGAAGGGCCAGAAGACGGACUACUUCCCUGCCGCAGGGCUGGGUUUGGGGGAAUGUACAACCUCCCAUCCUCCUGGCCAGAGCAGACGCCCCAGUCGACGAGCCACACAGAGGGAAGCGGUGCAUAUAGAGGGGAUUGUGCUCAGGGGCAUCUCUCGGUCCAGGAUAGACAAGGAAUACAACUUUGAGGUGAAGUGGUCAGACUCUUCGUCCAGUAGUGUGACCAAAACCCAUCUGGAACUGGAGAACUUCCUGCUCAAGCUUCCUAAGGAUCAGUGUACAGACUCUUUUGAGAAGGGCAUCCUGAGACUUCUGAACCAGGGAGACCAGUAUGAGAGCAGGGAGGUGGAGAGGAACCUCAGGGAAAGGUUUCUCUCUGCUCCUCCAGUCUUCAAGCAGACCAGACGGGUCUGCAGCUUCUUCAACUGUGACUCCAGCUACUCUACAAAACCAACCUGCUGCAGAUGUAACCGCCAGCUCGGAAAUGCCUACCAUAGAGACUGCUCCGAUGCUUCCAGCCAGGAGGAAGAUUUAGAUUCAUAUGUUAAGGGACCCAAGAAAAAGCAUGGGACCAAGAGUCCGUGUCAAGGUGCCAAAGGUUCCCAGGGGGAAAGUCGGAGGGGGGGGCACUGCUCAGAGCACAACGGCCCAGCGGAGUGGAGAAAAAAGAGCUGCACACUGAAGAGCAACCAGGAAGCUGAACAGCACCAGGAGAGUGAGAAGAGAAGCCACCCAUCUGGCAAAACUAAGAGCCGAGCCCCAGCCUCAGAGAGGGAGCAGGCGAAUAAAGGAGCUACCUAUAUGACAAAUGGUAAUUUGGUGCCAUGCCUGUCAUCCCAAGGGAAAGAUGGAGGUUCUGGUCCAGAUACAUGUGGUGAAACGUCAUCAGAGAGCUACAGCUCUCCAUCCAGCCCUCAGCACCACGGACCAGAGAGCCUGGACAGUGAGGAUGACAACAACAAAGAUACUGACAGCCACUCUGAUGACUCCUGUAAAGGUCCAGUCCCUGAUAUCUUCUUCCCCCAUCAGUCUGAAGCUGUGGUGGGGGAGGUCACCUCUGUCCUCCCUUUGUCUUCCAACAGCCACCAAGUCCAGAUGGAUCCCCUCUGCCCAGAUACCAGCACCGAGUUCCCCCCUCUAUCUUUCAUGCAUUCCCUGCCCUAUGCGGUCCCUAAUGGAACAGCCGACUCUCCACUUCCAGUGGUUCCCCCUCCCAGCCAAAGCGUCAUCUCUGAUGGGAAGCCCUCUUCUGGAACAAUGAUGAUGCAGAUACCCCUGGUGCCUCCAGCCGUCCAGGCAUCUGGAGCUGCGGGAGAUCAAGAGAAGAGGGAAGUUCUCCCUGCGUUUGGGGCUCCACCCCUCGGGCUCCACCCUCCAGGAAGUCCUGCUCUGCAGCCUCUGGUUCAGAGGUUCAAAACAACUUUUUCUCAGACCCAAGGUGGCACCGAUGGAGGUUCAGGGGGUGGCCCUUCGCCUGCUACCCCCCAAGUCUCUCACCAAGCUCCUGUAGGAGCCAUUAGUGUAAUUUCUCCAGGCCCCACAUCUUUCUCUCCUCUCCAGCAGGCUUUCCCCAGCCCAGACCCAACCAGCGCCACCUCAGGCCUGGUAUCCUGUUUGCCGCUGGUGGAAGCUUCACAUGCCAAGCACCCAGGCCUAACCUUACCUUCAGGACUGCCUUCCCCAUACAACAUGUCACCUAUCCCAACCUCUGUCAUGCCUACUAUAGGGGCAUCUGUAGGUGCUGGGGGAGGAGCUCCAUCUCCUGGGCAGGUUCAAGCAGCUGUACCUCCAGCGGUGCCUACUCACACCCCUGGCCCCGCCCCGAGCCCCAGCCCAGCACUUACCCAUAGCACAGCACACAGCGACUGUACGUCCUACAUCAACAGCAGCACCUCCUAUGGAAGUGCUCCUGUUGUCGCUGGCAACCCUGUUGCCCAGCAGCAACCCCAGCAACAGCAAGUGGCUCCCCAACAGCCAGCAGCAGCACCACAACAACAACAACAGCAGCAGCAGCAGCAGCAGCCACCAAUGGGCUGUGGAACUUGUGGCUGUCACAACAACUGUGGCAGCAGAGGCAACAACAGCAACAACAGCGCAAGUAGUGUGUCUGCAAGCCACGCCCCCUUAUUCUUCCCUGCUCACCAGAUGGCGGCGGCAGCACGGCAGGUGUUCAGCGUUCCACCGGCUCUCUUCCAGCUCACCACCCUGUGCAACAACAGCUACCUCACCCAGGCCCAGACUCCUCACCAAGCCAAUGGUGCCGCCCCUCUGCCCCCCUUCUUCCCUAGCCCUCCACCUCCUGGCCCGCCCCCCUAUGGCCCCCUCCAUACUCACUCCCACAGCCAUGCAGAUGUGCCAUCACACAUGCUAGGCACCCAGGCGGCAGUGGUGGCAGCUGCUGCAGCCGCAAACUAUGGCCUCCAGCAGCAGAUGGCACCGGCAGCAGCAUUCUGCCAGCGCUUCUACCAGCACGUCUACCCCAAUGCCCUGAGCCUGCUCCCUGCCGCUACGCUAGGGGGCGCUGGUGUCAAUAAGAAGAACGGCAAUGUGUCCUGUUACAACUGCGGCGUGAGCGGCCACUAUGCUCACGACUGCAACCAGCCCUCCAUAGACUCCACACAGCAAGGUGGCUUCCGGCUAAAAUAUGCAGCCUCCCACAUUUCAGAAGCACUUGACAACGCCGACUGAAGAAGGAGGAAGAGGAUUGUUUUUUUGCCUCUGCUUUCCACAGUGUAGGUCCUCUGUUCUUCCCAGGACGUGUGUCAGCAGCACCAUGGAGCUUCAGGAAAAAAAAAAAAAAAACUUGCAGAUGAUUGUCUGCGAAGUCUUGAGGAUCCUCGGUCUCGUCAAGAUUAGAGAUUGAGUGUUUUUACAGAAAGAAGAGUGAGCUGCCCAAGGGCUCGGUGGAUGAAGCCUGAGUACUCGUGCCUGAGAAAACCUUGUCACAGAUUAAUGAGAGCGAGACAGUUCACACUCUCACACACGCACGCACACACAACUUUCAAACCCUUCCCUUCCAGUUUGAUUUUUAGUAUUUUUGCACUGAAGAUUGGAAAAUUAUUAACUUAUUGCUCAUUGAAUAGGAAGAUGGUAACAUUUUGGGAGGAUUUUGUUCUUACGUUGAAGCCAACCCAAGAAAGGUUCUUCUACUUUCAUUCUUUUUGUUUUCCACAACAGUAUAUUUAUAUUUCCUCCUCAUCAACACUAAUAUUCACCAUGGAUUUUAUUGUCUGAAUUGAUUAAAUAAGAAUCAAAAAAUAAUGUAUGCAAAAUGCUGGGAUUUCAUUUUCCUUGUUCUUGUUUUUCGCCGCAAGGUUUUUGAAUGUAGACUUCUUUUUUUCCAUUUAAGAGUUAAGGAAUCUGACUAUGGAAAAAUGUUUUGUUUUCUUGCAUUUUUGCCACUUGAUAUAUAAUGUGAAGUGCAUAGUAAGUAAGAGGUUCUGAAAAGCAUCAUGUCUGUUUUGUCAGAAGGUAAUUGCUGCUCGUUGUUUUAUUUUAUUUUAUUCCAUUUUAAGAUUUCAUUAUUUGGUGAUAUGCACUAUAGUGAACCAGGAACACUAAAAGUGUCGUAAGUGCACUAAAACAGCCGUCAACCUAACCAACCUGAAGUAAGCAUCCAUGCAGUUUCACCCUCAACAGUUCCAAAAUAAUACAUGAAAUUACAAAUCAAACACAAAUCUAGCAUUUCUGCUAUUUUAACAUAGUGUCUAAGUAUUUCAGGUGUGAAAAGGCUUUUAUGGCAAACUUUUUUUUGGUGAGUGAGAUUAUUCAGUUUAUUGAUUUCGUCUGAAAAAAAUGAGUCAUGUUAUUUAUUGUCCAUUCUGGUUUUCCAUCUGCAGUCAGUCUCAAUUUGUCACUGAUUUGACAGACAGUGUGCUCUUGACUGCUCCUCAUCCUCCUCUGACCUGAGAUCAGCAUCCUUCUCAGACACAUUUCAACAUUUGUGGUCUUUAAAAAUACACCUCAAAUCAGAUUUUUUUUUUUUUUUUUUAAAUGCUUGUUGCAUUAUUUGGUGUAUUUUUCUUAACCCUGUCGGCAAGUAACCAAACAUAGACAAACCAGCUCAGCUACAGUGAAAUUUGAUGGCAGAAAAUGUUUGAGUGAUGGUAAACAUCAGUUUUUGGCAUCAGUCCUUCAUCAAAAAGCAAGGGCUUCUCUCUAGUGCGGUCAGUUUACACGCAUGUACUGAUACCAGCUCCUCAUUGCUAAUAAUGAAGAUGGUUGACAGUGUGUGAACGCAUCUGCGGGGGGAUUUUUUUCCUUGCAUAUCUCCAGUCUGAAGUGUUCUCUCUUCAGACUUCACUAAUUUCAUCCACCAGAAUUUGGCAGCAGUGAUUCCCCAGAUCAGAGGGAGCUUUUAUUUCCCCACCACUCUCUAAGGCUGACAGAUGUUGGAAGUUGGUCAGGGGUGGAAACCAGCUUGGAGGUGUUGGUAGUAGUCUGGUCCUGCGUGUGUGUGUGUGUGUGUGUGUGUGUGUGUGUGUGUGUUUAGGGGCUUGCCCACUAGAUGGUGCAACACUUAGACAUUGACAAGACUCCAUAGGGAAAAAAAAUAUAUAUAUGCCCAUCCUGACACCUUCACAUGGGACACCCCUCUUCCCUUCAUCUAUUGCAAACCAGCUGUGUUUUUCAAGGCUGGUGCAUGCAUAGGUUUAAAAUCAAGAUAUCAUUAUCACAUGCAUCCUCUGAACCCAGGAGCCUGUGGGCGGGCUUAUUUCACCCCCUGAACCCAAUGUAUUUUAUUUGUGUUUAUCUAGUAAUUGUUAAAUAACUUAAUUUAGUGUUCAUUUUCUUGUCAUUUCAUUUUAAAAACAUAAUUUGUGAGAAGUUUUCUUGUCAAUUUGGUCUUUGUCUCUUUUUUUUUCUUUUCUAACUUUCUGGUAAUGAUUUGCUAAUUUGUUCAGAAUUUCAGAAAUUAUUCUCAAAAAAGUAAGAAUAAUAAAUAAAGUAAUACUAUAAUUAAAUAAUAUAAUUUUAAUGUUUUAGACAGAAACAACGUGACUGUCUCAGACUUUCAGAGGGGCUCCUGGGUUUCAAAGAGUUCAGAACAGUGCCGUGGUGUGACUGCCACAGACAAAUGAGAGCAUGUUUAGCCUCAUGGUGGCGCUGUCAGUGCUGCUGUCGCUGCCCGGCCCCUUCCCCGUGCCUGAGGAGGACAAAGGUCGUUUGUUGUUUUGUUCUGUUCUUUUAAACAUGUCAUUGCUAGGAACUUGUUUCUUUAGAAAUACGUCAGUGUCUCAGACUGAAUGUGGCAGUAAUUUGUUGAUAGGAAAAGGCUAUGUGGCUUGAGUGGGCAUCAUUUUUGCCAAGUGUUAGCGAGGGGACGAGUGUGCUGCGGCGAUGUUGCUGGAUGGGGGAAGGUGAUUCUUCUAAAGGGCUUUGGUGGUCAAGAUAUGGCACAAAGCCUUGCUGGAGGCUGUGCUUGUGUUGGUUUUAUCCCCCAAAUAAGAGCCAUUAUUGCCAAACGUGAUGUCUGUGCAUUUGUUUAAAUGCAGUGAAGAUCUAUGCAUAUCCAUGUCUUUUCCCUGUCAGUGGCUUUGAGCGCGUUAAAGAUGGUAGCCUUGCACUCGAGUUUGAUCAUUAAGUAAUUGUUUAUGACGGAGGAUGCUAUAGGAUUCUACUUAAUGUUGAGUAAAGGAUGUACACACACACAUAUACACACACACACAAAACCCAUACUUUGUUCAUGUGUUAGCUGUGUCAAGUUCGGUGAUCCCUCACACUUAUCUCAAACAGUUUUCCAGAAAGCUCUUUUCCUCAGCUGUCAAAGUGCUUGGUUCAACAGGUUUGGUUUGGGGACGUUGCCUGGAUCUCAUUUGAGACUUGAAGUGGAUCUGAAGCUGGGAUCCAGCAGUGAUCUGGAUCCAGUGAUCACAAACGGGGGAAACCACAGCUGCAUGUGGACCACACGUGGUCUCGGAGGAAGACAAGUGUAAAUAUCGCGGAUGAACAAACCAACCCAAAUGUAAUUUUGUUGACCUUUUAAAUGGUUUGAAAAAUGCUGUACUGUAUAUUUGCAGGGGGUCACUGUGCUGCCACCCUCCGUUGUAAUGUUUACUGUACUCUUUGAUAUCUAUGUACUGGAAAGGUCAAAUAUAUUUCUAGAGCAGAAUUUGGAUUUUAUGCAAAUUGUUGAUCUGUUUUCCUGGAACUAAAAGCAAUAAAUAUAAAAAUACA